AGCGACGGCGACAGCAGGUUCCUGAGGCUGGCUCAGUACUCUGUCUGCCAUGGCCCGGGGACUGCCCAGCACUGCCCGCUUGGCACGCUUUUGCCAGAAACUGAACCGUCUGAAGCCACUGGAAGAGUCUAGCACAGAGACAUCACUGCGGCGUUGCCUGUCCACACUGGACUUGACCCUACUGGGUGUGGGUGGCAUGGUGGGAUCUGGGCUCUAUGUACUCACAGGCACAGUGGCUAAGGACAUGGCUGGCCCUGCUGUGCUCUUGUCCUUUUUGGUGGCCGCUGUAGCCUCCCUGCUGGCAGCACUAUGCUAUGCAGAGUUUGGAGCCCGCGUGCCCCGUACUGGCUCUGCAUACCUAUUCACCUACGUGUCCAUGGGGGAAAUAUGGGCAUUUCUCAUAGGCUGGAAUGUGCUUCUGGAAUACCUCAUUGGAGGUGCUGCUGUGGCCCGUGCCUGGAGUGGCUAUUUGGAUGCCAUCUUUAACCACAGCAUUCGCAACUUCACAGAAUCUCACAUGGGUGUCUGGCAGAUGCCCUUCCUAGCCCACUAUCCAGAUUUUCUGGCUGCUGGCAUUUUGCUUGUGGCUUCUGCCUUUGUCUCCUGUGGCGCCCGAGUCUCCUCCUGGCUCAACCACACAUUCUCAGCCAUCAGUCUGAUUGUGAUCCUCUUCAUCAUCGUCCUGGGUUUCAUCCUGGCCCGUCCUCACAAUUGGAGUGCAGAAGAAGGUGGCUUUGCACCCUUCGGCUUCUCUGGCAUCCUCGCUGGCACAGCCACCUGUUUCUAUGCCUUUGUGGGCUUCGAUGUCAUUGCCGCCUCCAGUGAGGAGGCCAAAAACCCACGGUGGGCCGUGCCCAUGGCCAUUGCCAUCUCGCUUGGCCUGGCAGCUGGUGCCUAUAUUCUGGUCUCCACUGUGCUGACCCUCAUGGUGCCUUGGCAUAGCCUGGACCCUGACUCGGCACUUGCUGAUGCCUUCUACAGGCGGGGCUACGGCUGGGCUGGCUUCAUUGUGGCAGUUGGUUCUAUCUGUGCCAUGAACACGGUCCUGCUCAGCAACCUCUUCUCCCUGCCGCGCAUUGUCUACGCCAUGGCUGCCGACGGGCUCUUCUUCCAGGUGUUCGCCCGUGUACACCCCCGGACACAGGUGCCUGUGGUGGGAAUCCUGGUGUUUGGGGUCCUUAUGGCUCUCCUGGCACUGCUGAUGGACCUCGAGGCACUGGUCCAGUUCCUAUCCAUCGGCACCCUGCUGGCCUAUACCUUUGUCGCCACCAGCAUCAUUGUGCUGCGUUUCCAGAAAGCUUCCCCACCCAGUUCCCCUUGCCCAGCCAGCCCCGGCCCCACAGUUAAGAAGUACGACUCCUUCUCGGACCAUAUACAGCUAGUAGAUGCUGUACAGGCUUCGAUGUCUGAGCCUGGGCAGCUGCGACCAGCCCUGAAGCCCUUCCUGGGCUUCCUGGAUGGACUCAGCCCUGGAACUGCUGUGACCUGGGCGCUGGGCAUCUUGAUAGCCUCAGCUAUUUCCCUGGCGUGUGUGCUAGUCUUCGGGAACUCAGCCCUGCACCUCCCACGGUGGGGCUAUGUCUUGCUGCUGGUCGUCAGUGGUGCUGUCUUUCUGUCCAGCCUCCUGGUCCUGGGGGCUCACCAGCAGCAAAAGAAACAAGACACUUUCCAGAUCCCUUUGGUGCCCCUGACUCCAGCCCUGAGCAUCCUCCUCAACCUUUGCCUCAUGCUGAAGCUCAGCUACCUGACCUGGCUGCGUUUUAUCUUCUGGCUGCUGGUCGGACUCGUCGUGUAUUUUGGCUACGGCAUCUGGCACAGCAAGGAGAACCAGAGGGAGCCAUUGGAGCUGACUACUGCACACUACGUGGUAUUCCCCAGCGGCAGCCUGGAGGAAACCGUGCAAGCUGUGCAGCCUGAUAGCCAGACACCAGUCCAGGGACCAGGCUGUACCGAGUAGCUGGCCAUGGAGUCUGGCUCAUGGAGGCCCCCCACAACCCUAACAUCCAGAGGCUGAAAGAAUUGGCAGCUGCCUACUCAAGGAAGCUUGGGUCUGAAGCCUGCCCAGACUGGGCUGGGAGUGUUCUCAGAGCCUAAACACAGGAACUGAGUCUUCAGCUAUCAAUAGGCCAUGGCUAGAGCUGGGGCGCACUCUUCGUCCGCUGCCUUCCUGUUUAUGAUUAACUCUGGAUACCUGGGCAGGUGGGGCAGAGUGAGCAGGGAAGCGGCUUCAGCCCCUGAGACGCAGAAUAAUAACUAAUCAGCUAGUUUGUGA